CGUCGGCAGGCUGGAGAGGAAUGAGCGGGGACCCUGCGCGCGGCGGCGGCUCCGUGCCGGGGGCAGCGGCUGCGCAGGGCGGCCCGAGCCGCUGCGCUGCAGCAGUCAUUAGAGACUCAAACAACUGCUGCUCCAUGAAGAGUGGUGAUAUAAUUAAUUACUGCAAUAUUCUAAUUAUGCAGAUAAUCCCACCAAGGUUGUUGCUGACCAUUGAAAGACUUCCUCUCAAAGCUGUUUAAAUGAGAAUGUCCCUGGCGCAGAGAGUACUACUGACAUGGCUUUUCACGUUACUCUUCCUGAUCAUGUUGGUGCUAAAGUUGGAUGAGAAAGCGCCAUGGAACUGGUUCCUUAUUUUUAUUCCAGUCUGGAUAUUUGAUACUAUUCUUCUAGUUAUGUUAAUUGUAAAAAUGGCUGGACGUUGCAAGUCUGGCUUUGAUCCUCGCAAUGGUUCCCAAAACAUCAAGAAAAAAGCUUGGUAUCUCAUCGCAAUGCUACUUAAAUUAGCCUUCUGCCUUGCCCUCUGUGCUAAACUGCAACGAUUUACUACCAUGAAACUAGCCUAUGUAUUUAUCCCUUUGUGGGCUCUGCUUAUUGGGGGUAUGAUUGAACUUGGAUACAAUAUCUUCUAUGUACGAAGAGACUAAAAUGUAGUAUGUGGUUUCCAAGUCUGAGAACGGUACCAAAUUACUGGAUUAUUAUAGCUUUGCAACAAACUUGACCUCUAAAUUAGAGCAUCAAGUUAGGAAUCGGUCACUCUGGAGAUCAUCUAAACCAGACUGAAAACUGAAAACAGAUUUAUUCCAUUUUUUAUUUCAAAACUGUCACAUAUGCUCCUGUAAAUAAAAGUAUUGUUCAACAUCA